AAACCCACACGAGUCUUCUUUAGGAGGCGGAGAGUCACAGUCGGAACGCCGGGAGAGCUGUAUGUGUAUCGGCUGGGCAGCAGGAGGAGCCUGCAACCGAUCUGAGAGAGAGCGAGGAAAAGACGUCGAGAAGAAAAGAGAGCAAGGGGUCGGGGGGGAAAGAAAACAAGGAGACCCAUUUGCAAGAAAGACACGAAUGCUGCACGGAUGAAGAUAUUGGAGCGGCAACGGUCGAAAGGCUUCGGUGAAGUUUGCCGCUUGGAAAAUGGACAGACGGGGUGUCGACUAGGGACAAAACACGGCGGAGAGAGACGUCGGCUGGAGAGACCACUGUACAAAAUAUGCCGCCAGCCCGGUCCAUGUUAAAGUAAUGGAAACACUACGUUUGGUGGCCACUGCCACGCAUCUGUGGAUAUACGUGAGCGGCUCGCAUGGCUAAUCGUGUCGAGCCUGUCAGCCGAUACGCUCAGGAGCGCCAUGCGAAAGCGGCAUGAGAAUAACAACCAGGAGCGCUUUAUUCACAGAGAAGAAAAACAUUGGAAAAAGUUGGUGGAAAAUCUUGAUUUUUGGCCCCGCUUUUGAUCUUCAGUGUUUCUUAUUACUUUGACCCAGAUACGUCUGCGAGGCACGAACAUUUUAGCAGAUCACAUCUAAAUUCAACCUACGUUUCUGUGAAUAAUAAUAGAAUGUGAAUAAUAAUUCACUGCCUGACAUAGUGAGGAUGUGAGCGGCAGAAGGAUGGGAGCUGUCUGAAGAACAGGAGGACUAGCUGGAACCAGCUUCAGCACAAUGGCCCACACCAGUUUGCUGCAGGGGAAGCGCUUUUACUGCCGAGAAUGGGUCUUUCACAAGAUCCAGCAUUGCCUCCAGGAGAAAAGCAGCACUCUGAGCGGGGUCACCGGCACCCCAAGUAAGCAGCCCUCCGGCGUAGGCGUGGCUAACCCGAGCAGCCUGAUGUCCGGUACGGGACGCGGGAACUCCUGGGGGGUGCUGCUGGUCGGCGGACCCGGCAGUGGGAAAACAGCAGUGUGCACGGAGUUGCUGUGGCCUACGUCGACGCAGGGAGCCCAGCGAGGCCUGCACCAGCAGGCUCUUGCCUACCACUUCUGCCGGGCGGACGACUCGGACACGCUGUGCGUCGCCGGCUUCAUCCGCGGCCUGGUGGCGCAGAUCUGCCGCAGCAGCCUGGUGCCGGGAUACGAGGAGAAGGUGCGCGACCCGGCCGUGCAAGGCGCACUGCAGCCUGGCGAGUGUGAGAGGAAUCCCACCGAGGCGUUCAAGAGAUGUGUGCUCUUGCCUCUCCUGAGCGCCAAGCCACCGUCACAGGCUCUCUUUCUGCUUGUGGACUCUGUGGAUGAGGGCGGCCAACUGGGCGAGGCGGAUCAGAGGUCGCCGCCGGGCUCCCCCAGGACCAUCGCUGAACUCCUCGCCAACCAUCACGAGUUCUUGCCGCCAUGGCUUCUGCUCAUCUGCUCUGCACGGAGACAGAAUAAGGCCAUUACUAAACUCUUCACAGGAUUCCGGAAAAUCAGCCUGGACGACCUGCGCAAGGCCUACAUCGUCAAGGAUGUCCAACAGUACAUCCUCCACCGCUUGGAUCAGGAGGAGGCCUUGAGGCAGCAUCUCACUAAGGAGACUGCAGAGAUGCUCAACCAGCUCCACAUCAAGAGCAGCGGGUGCUUCCUCUACCUGGAGCGAGUACUGGACGGUGUGGUGGAGAACUUCAUUAUGCUUCGCGAGAUUCGCGACAUUCCAGGCACGCUGAACGGCCUCUACCUGUGGCUCUGCCAGAGACUGUUUGUCAGGAAACAGUUUGCCAAAGUCCAGCCCAUCCUCAACGUCAUCCUGGCCACGUGCAGGCCGCUUACAGUCAAAGACCUGUACCACGCAGUCUGGACCAAAAACACCACGCUGACAAUGGAAGAGUUUCAGAAAAAGAUGGACAUCCUCUCUAAAUUGUUGGUUAAUGGUUUUGGGAGCAGUAAAAUCCUUUUCCACUACAGUUUUGCAGAGUGGCUUCUGGACGUGAAGCACUGUACGCAAAAAUACUUAUGCAAUGCUGCAGAGGGACACCGGAUGCUGGCUAUGAGUUACACCUGCCGGGCGAAACAGCUCAAACCCCACGAAGUGCAGGAAUUUGCACUUCACCUAGUGAACUCCAAUUUGCAGAUGGAGCCCUUCAAUCUGGCUCUAUGGAUGGUCUGGAACGGUACACCUACCAAAGACUCUAUGACCACCUCUAUACCAAGGGAACAGGAGGUUUUGCAGCUUCUAGUCAAAGCUGGCGCUCACGUAAACAACGAAGACGACCACGCUUCAUGUAUUGUACAACAGGCCCUGGAGAGAGAGGACUCCAUCCGAACUUUAUUGGACAACGGAGCUUCUGUGAACCAGUGUGACUCUAGCGCUAGAACGCUGCUCUCCAACGCGGCGUACAGCGGCAACCUCGAUGUUGUCACCUUGCUCAUUUCCAGAGGGGCCAACAUGGAGCUGGAGGACAACCAUGGACAAACGGCGCUCACUCUAGCCGCCAGGCAGGGCCACACAAAAGUGGUCAACAGCCUCAUUGGCUGCGAGGCUAACAUUAACCACACAGAUCACGACGGCUGGACGGCGCUGCGCUCGGCUGCAUGGGGCGGACACUCGGAGGUGGUGUCCGCUUUGCUGUAUGCCGGUGCCAAAGUGGACUGCACUGACGCUGACGGCAGAACAGCUUUGAGGGCAGCCGCUUGGGGCGGGCAUGAGGACAUAGUGCUGAACCUCCUCCAGCAUGGGGCUGAAGUCAACAAGGCUGAUAAUGAAGGAAGAACGGCCCUCAUCGCCGCUGCCUAUAUGGGACACAGGGAGAUAGUGGAGCACCUCCUGGACCACGGAGCAGAAGUCAACCAUGAGGACGUGGAUGGUCGGACCGCCCUUUCGGUGGCAGCUCUCUGCAUCCCUGCCAGCAAAGGCCACGCCUCUGUGGUGAGUCUUCUCAUUGACAGGGGGGCAGAGGUAGACCACUGCGAUAAAGACUGCAUGACUCCUCUCCUGGUAGCCGGCUACGAAGGGCAUGUAGAUGUCGUUGAUUUGCUUCUGGAAGGCGGUGCCGAUGUAGACCACACAGACAACAACGGGCGCACCCCUCUCCUCGCGGCUGCAUCCAUGGGUCACGCAUCAGUCGUCAACACGCUGCUGUUCUGGGGAGCGGCCGUGGACAGCAUUGACAGCGAGGGCAGGACGGUGCUGAGCAUUGCAUCUGCUCAGGGCAAUGUGGAGGUGGUAAGGACUCUGCUGGACAGAGGUCUGGAUGAGAACCACCGAGACGAUGCUGGCUGGACGCCGCUGCACAUGGCAUCCUUUGAAGGCCACCGGCUAGUGUGCGAAGCACUGAUUGAGCAAGGCGCUCGAUGCACAGAGGUGGACAAUGAUGGCAGGAUACAGCUGAUCCUGGCCGCACAGGAAGGACACUACGACUGCGUUCAAAUCCUCCUAGACAACAAGUCGUGUAUAGACCAGCGAGGCUACGACGGGAGGAACGCUCUCAGGGUGGCGGCGCUGGACGGUCACCGGGAUGUCGUGGAGCUUCUGUUGAGCCACGGUGCCGACAUUGACCACAAGGACGCCGACGGACGCCCAACCCUCUACAUACUAGCGCUGGAAAACCAAUUGGCAAUGUCAGAGUAUUUCUUGGAGAAUGGCGCCAAUGUGGAAGCGUGUGACACGGAGGGCAGGACAGCCCUCCACGUGUCCUGUUGGCAGGGCCACUUGGAAACGGUGCGGCUGCUCAUCAACUACCACGCUGACGUCAAUGCCUGUGACAAUGAGAAGCGUUCCGCCCUGCAGUCAGCGGCCUGGCAAGGACACACCAAAGUUGUGCAGUUCCUGAUAGAAAACGGCACACGAGUCGACCACACAUGCAACCAGGGUGCAACGGCCUUGGGCAUUGCCGCCCAGGAGGGUCAUAUUGACGUCGUUCAGAUACUUCUUGAAAACGGUGCUGACCCAAACCACGCCGACCAAUUUGGACGCACGGCAAUGAGAGUGGCGGCCAAAGGUGGCCACUCCACCAUUAUCAAACUUCUAGAGAAGUACGGAGCCACAUCAUCAAACGGCAGUAAUCCAUCACCGGUGCACACCAUGGAUGAUAAAAUGACAGGUAAAAUGCAGUCGCUCACCAUCAAAUCCAGCAGUUCCGGCAGCACCGGUGCAGGAGAUCUGCAGUCAACGGGACGCGGUCUCACCAACGGGCCCGUUCAUGCGUUCAGUUCACCAUCUGAUUCCCCUGACUCCACGGUUGACAGACAGAAAUCAUCACUAUCCAACAAUUCGCUCAAAAGCUCCAAGAACUCGUCCCUAAGGACCACGUCGUCCACAGCCACUGCGCAGACGGUUCCUAUCGACAGCUUCCACAGCAUGACCUUCACCGAACAAAUCCAGCAACACUCCCUGCCCCGCAGCCGCAGUAGGCAGUCCAUCGUCUCGCCGUCCUCCACCACAAAAUCCUUUGGUCAGGUGUCGCCGUCCAACGACUUUGACUGGUCACUGCUGAAACCCGGACCCAAGUCGACAAAGGGAACCAAGAUUGUAAAUGGCACCGUGAACAGUAAAGGAGGGCCUGACAAGAAGAAAUCUAAGAACGGCGGCUCUAUGCAAGGCCAGGUACCCGAGUACGAGAUGACCCAAAUGGACAAGCGCCUCGCUCUCAACAAAUCAAUCACCAAGGACCUCCAUUCCAAGGUGGUGAUCAGCGGCUCAGCACAGCAAGACCAGCUUUUUAUCCACAAACAAAGCUGCAGUGAGAAGAAACGCAAUGGGAUUAUGACCAACCCCAACUACCACCUACAGGGCCACCAGGUCUACCUGGGGCGUGUGUCGGUUCCUUGCAACCCCCAGAACCGAGGCCAUCACCGGGAUGUCCUCGAGAGCUACCCUGUCAGAGAUACUGAGCUAAGCCUUAAACAAGCUCUCAGACUGCAGAUUGAAGGAUCGGACCCCAGCUUCAACUACAAAAAGGAGACCCCUUUAUAGUUGCCGUUGUCAAAAAGAGACAAACAGACGGCACAUUCACAAUUUAAGCCACAGCUGGAUUGCAUCCAAUCAGACUUGCAUGAAGAAUGUUUUCUCUCUGGAUUGUUUCCUCCUUGAGAAGCACGCAAAUCCUUCCUGAAUGCCGACGGUCACAAACGUGCCAAAGCAACUGCAUUCAGAGAAUCUCAAAAUAUUAUAAUUUGUAAUUUUACAAUUACAUUUGGGGGUCAAAGGGGUGGUUUGGGUAAUAUCAGUUGCUGCCUCAAGGCUUUCCGUGGAUUGAUACUCAAUGUGCCUACCUUCUGUUUCAGCCUUCUCCGUGCAAAACUAUCAUUAUAAUUUAACAUAAUGCUAUUUAAUGGAAAAAAGAAGUGUAUGCACUUUGGAAAGAGACAAACGAUAGACGUGCUUUUGUUUUAUUUACUCUGGAAGCCCAUCCUUGUUUUAGCCACAGUCUGUGAUGAUUCGUUUUCAGAGUUUCUCGUGUCUAUAGAGUAUAAACACCAGGAUGUAUCAAUAGGCUGCCUUUCUCCAAAAAUUCCUUUAUGUUCCGUGUUAAAAAUAGUCCUGGAGAUUUAAGAGCAUAUUUAUUAUUUUGGAAAAAAGCCACUUUUUGUUGCUCUACCAUGGUGCUGUUGCGUUCUGACAAAUUGCCUGCAGCUAUUUUUGGACUCAUGUUGUGUUUUAAGUGUUUCAUGACAAAAAGGAUAGAAAAGGUUGGGGUUUUUUUCGUCCCCAUGGGAUUUUGUUUUUUUUUCCAUUCAGUUGUGUGUUCAUAUAUUUUUUUGCGAGUGCAUAAGAAUCCACGAUGUUAUUGUCCACAUUAGUUUGGUGCUAAACUAAAAGCAGUUCUGUUGUGUGUGUGUGAGUAAUGCUGUCAACGGGUCAAAUGGGAGUGACACGGGAACGGCGUAAAAGAGUUUGGAUUUUACUCUUGAAAGCCAUAAAUGGGAAAAAACUCUGUCAAAAUGGGAAAGAACGAAAAAGAAACAUCUAUUUUUCAACAAGUCUGCAGUUACAGGCUGUCAUAUUUUUGCUUUAUGGUAUGCUGUUUUCGCCAAGGACUAUAGUCAUGGCGACCUAUCGCAUGUACAAACAUCAUCAGUCCGCUAAGAAGAAAAAAGGUUUGCAAUCUUAUCAGUUCAACAGUUCACUCAGUGCUUUGUCUGCCAUCUUGGGUUGGCUGGAACUAUGAAUAUCUCUCCGUAUGUACAUUCAAUGUUCAUUUACUUCCUGUAUCAUACAAAGUGGAUUUUUUUCCCCAUGUAUAUUAAAAAUGCUUAAUAAACAUACUUGCUUUCCUGCUGGAAAAACAAAAA